UCAAACAGAGGAGGGGCUUGGAGGAGGCGGGUUUCGAUGAACCCAGCGCAAGAGUACGCCACGGCGCCUGCGCAUCCCCUGACGGGUACUUUCCAUUCGCCAGAUGGGGGAAGCCAGCGGGAAGCAGGUUACUGUUUUUGCAUUUCUAUCUUCAAGGAAGAAUUAGGUUACGAAUAGUUCCGUGAAUAGUCAGGAAGCGCCGUCCUCCAAGUUCAAGAUUAAGGAAACGUGGCAUGCACAGCUAAAGCAAGAGGUGACGUCUUGUAUCUUCCCCCGUUUCCUGGGACAUUGGUGGUGUAGCCCAUUCCACAGACUUUCGCUCCCUAGCAGCGGGUCGGAGAUCGAAGGAACGGGCCAAUUGCGGCUGAAACGUCUUUGGAAGGAGGAAGGGGGUGAGGGAGCAUCCCUUUGAGUUUCGCUGCUUCUCGAGGCGGUGGUGGGAAGGGAGACAUACUUAAUACUGCCCUCUUAAUCCAACGGAUCUUACACCGUGUAGACUGCCGGGAGGGCGGCGGGAAAAGGGCAAGACGGGAGUUGGGGAAGGGAAGGAGCCAGGAAGCCGCGCGGGAGGGCGCGCGCGCGCGCCCCUUUUUCAGCAGUGUGGCGGGGUCGCACGCACGCCCGCCUCGGCGGCUGGGCGCGAUUUGCGACAGUGGGGGGGGCGGUGGAGGUGGCGGCGGCAGCGGCAACUUUGCGGCAAGCUCGGGCCGGGCUUGCUUGACGGCGGUGUGGCGGAGGCCCCGCCCCAGGCGGCAGGAACCUGGAGGGAGGCGGAGGAAUAUGUCCGAGAGGGAAGUGUCGACUGCGCCGGCGGGAACAGACAUGCCUGCGGCCAAGAAGCAGAAGCUGAGCAGUGACGAGAACAGCAACCCAGACCUCUCUGGAGACGAGAAUGAUGACGCUGUCAGUAUAGAAAGUGGUACAAACACUGAACGCCCUGAUACACCUACAAACACACCAAAUGCACCUGGAAGGAAAAGUUGGGGAAAGGGAAAAUGGAAGUCAAAGAAAUGCAAAUAUUCUUUCAAAUGUGUAAAUAGUCUCAAGGAAGAUCAUAACCAACCAUUGUUUGGAGUUCAAUUUAACUGGCACAGUAAAGAAGGAGAUCCAUUAGUGUUUGCAACUGUAGGAAGCAACAGAGUUACCUUGUAUGAAUGUCAUUCACAAGGAGAAAUCCGGUUGUUGCAGUCUUACGUGGAUGCUGAUGCUGAUGAAAACUUUUACACUUGUGCAUGGACCUAUGAUAGCAAUACGAGCCAUCCUCUGCUGGCUGUAGCUGGAUCUAGAGGCAUAAUUAGGAUAAUUAAUCCUAUAACAAUGCAGUGUAUAAAGCACUAUGUUGGCCAUGGAAAUGCUAUCAAUGAGCUGAAAUUCCACCCAAGAGAUCCAAAUCUUCUCCUGUCAGUAAGUAAAGAUCAUGCUUUACGAUUAUGGAAUAUCCAAACGGACACUCUGGUGGCAAUAUUUGGAGGCGUAGAAGGGCACAGAGAUGAAGUUCUAAGUGCUGAUUAUGAUCUUUUGGGUGAAAAAAUAAUGUCCUGUGGUAUGGAUCAUUCUCUUAAACUUUGGAGGAUCAAUUCAAAGAGAAUGAUGAAUGCAAUUAAGGAAUCUUACGAUUAUAAUCCAAAUAAAACUAACAGGCCAUUUAUUUCUCAGAAAAUCCAUUUUCCUGAUUUUUCUACCAGAGACAUACAUAGGAAUUAUGUUGAUUGUGUGCGAUGGUUAGGCGAUUUGAUACUUUCUAAGUCUUGUGAAAAUGCCAUUGUGUGCUGGAAACCUGGCAAGAUGGAAGAUGAUAUAGAUAAAAUUAAACCCAGUGAGUCUAAUGUGACUAUUCUUGGGCGAUUUGAUUACAGCCAGUGUGACAUUUGGUACAUGAGGUUUUCUAUGGAUUUCUGGCAAAAGAUGCUUGCAUUGGGCAAUCAAGUUGGCAAACUUUAUGUUUGGGAUUUAGAAGUAGAAGAUCCUCAUAAAGCCAAAUGUACAACACUGACUCAUCAUAAAUGUGGUGCUGCUAUUCGACAAACCAGUUUUAGCAGGGAUAGCAGCAUUCUUAUAGCUGUUUGUGAUGAUGCCAGUAUUUGGCGCUGGGAUCGACUUCGAUAAAAUACUUUUCCCUAAUCAAAAUUAGAGUGUGUUUGUUGUCUGUGUAAAAUAGAAUUAAUGUAUCUUGCUAGUAAGGGCACGUAGAGCAUUUAGAGUUGUCUUUCAGCGUUCAAUCAGGCUGAGCUGAAUGUAGUGAUGUUUACAUUGUUUACAUUCUUUGUACUGUCUUCCUGCUCAGACUCUACUGCUUUUAAUAAAAAUUUAUUUUUGUAA